AAACGGGCGCGCCGUUGCAUGGGCUCUCGUCAGUCCUGAAAGGGAAGCUCAAAAGUGUCAACAUGGCAACGAGGUGAUGAUUGUUGUUUCUGCUCGCUGGCAGGCACCUCAGUAGUCAGCAGCAAUAUAAAAUGCGAACUCCAUGGACAUUAUUUCUGCUACUGACCGCGACAUGGAAUGUCUACGAAACCCCUCUACAACCGUAGGACGUUUCGGAUUACUUCUGCUGAUCUUCUUCAGCUCCGUCCACGCUCUAGUGAAGACGAAUGGCUCGCAAGCGGUGGCUCCAGCGGCGCAGCUGCAGGUGAGCCUAGUCCGUGCCAGCGACACCUUCGUCGAACUUGGCUGGGCGGCCAACGCUUCCCUCAGCAGUUGCGAGCUCGCCUAUGGACCCAUGGCUGACACAAACCAGGUGGAGGUGCUGUCCAACUUCCUCCCUCGGGGUCCCACCUUCACCGUGGGUGGCCUUCAGUGCAACUCUUCCUACCACUUCCACAUGGUCUGCUAUUUUGGCAACGGCACCGAAAGAGUGGCCUCAAACAUCCUACGAUUCACAACGGGGGCAAGCGGCUCUGAGGGUGGCAACCCUCAUCCAGGGGAUCGAAGUCCCCAGUGGUCUCCGGACCCUUAUAAGGGUUCCUACCACGCAGUCUUUAAGCAGACUAUCUUGCGUGACGGAGACGGCGUGCGAGGUGUGCCUUCUUUCAACGUCCUCCUUGGAGCCGUCGCGGGCAUCGUAGGUUUCCUCAUCAUCAAUGUCACCGUCGUCAUCGCCGUCAGGCGGUGCUCGCAUCGGCGCAUGCGAAGAAGACGGAUCCUUGUGCUCGAGGACAGAGACAACGACGAUUUUCACUACGCCAGGGCGUACAACUGAUACGAUCAUCUAUACAACAACAAGGAACUUUGGAAAGCACGAGUUGAAGUUUGUUAUUGUUGCCACUUCGCACGUUUUUUGUCAUUGCCCACGCGCACAUCGGGCACGUGCUGUGUAGGGUUCCUCCAACACAUGCACUCUCCUGAACUGGUGGAUGUGUAUUACGUUGCAUGUCUGAACGCAUUGUUCCGCUGGACGAAUGUUUGACUGGAGAACACUGCUGAGCAUCGUUAUCACGUGAUACAAGCGUUACCGCGUUUAUUUUUUUCAUUUUUUUAAAGGAAAUAUUCAUAUCGAUCAGGAUGCAGGGUUUAUCCUCUUAUUGCCCCGUAUCUGAAGGAUGCGAUUAAUAGUAGGAAGCGUGAUAUUAUACGUUAUCGCGAAAGGGGGCUAGCCAUUUCGUAACCAACGAUACCAUAUCAAGAUCUACAAUGUUCGUCUGGAGAAUACCUGCGAGUGUUUUAUAGUUUACCAAGGUCUCGUCUGGACUUGGCUGCCUUCAAUGUUACCGUGUCAACCUCCGUAGAGAGAUAGCGCAAUGUAUAGGCGUCGCUACCGCUUUCGUAAACUCUCCCGUCAAGGACCGUGGGUGUCGUGCUGGCUAUCCCAUAACCGAUGGUCUUCUGCAAAGAAGGACGAAGCCCACUUAGUUUAGGCAACUGUAGUCGACUCCGAAGGCGUCUAAAUAGACGUCUUUAAGCAUUAAGGAACCGCAGUAAGGGACCAACGCGAUAUCAGAGGGAAGUGCUUGGUAGGCAGAACGCCCCCUGUUGACUUCCCAACGCAGAUUACAGAGUGCAGCAUUUGUCUGCUAUUGAUGCGACUAUAGUGUAUGCUGAUGAAUGCUACGUAUGAAUCUAAAGACGUGUCAGACUCUUCUUCUCUCUAAUCGUUCUUUUUUUCUUUUUUCUGUCGUCUGAACUACAGACAAUUUUUCUGUUUCCCUUUAUGUGUUACAGGAGCACUAAAGGACUUGACUCCCCUCUUCGUAUACGCAUCGAGCACUAAAGUGCAAAAAUUUUCUCUCGCCGAGUGAAAGAUUCCGCUGCCUUGGCAGCAGUACAGAAGGAACGGAUGAAUCGUGUUCCAUUUUGUAUCGCUCUCAAGGUAACGGCGUGUACAUUCCACGAGGAGAAUUUUUUGCACUUUAAUGGCUCCUCCUUCAAUCGCCACAACUCCCGUUUAAAGAACAGUAAACAAAUAAAGUAGUAGGAUGCUUAUAAUACUCUUCCCUUUGCUGUACUUUUUUUGUGUGUGUAUUUUUGCAUACAAUGCCGUACAAUGCAAAUUUCUCAUUUUUCGUCCCAAUUUUCUCAUCGUUCAUUAUAGACAAGUGAUAUCAGCGCAUUUUGAUGAGUGUGGGUGGUUUUUGAACCACACAUCACGUGACAGAUCACGCGGGAGCCUAUAUGACGUCACCCGAAUUGUCACUGCAGCGUCUCCGCAGCGAGCAACGUAGAACGGACCUUGCGUUUCUUUUGAGCAUAUCCAUUUUGUGACCCGUACCCGUAUACGUAGAUUUUUGCAUGUUUUAUUGCGUGGCAGCCUCGUUUCCGGGUAAUAUACGGUGUUUUCUCUUCGCUCAGUGCACUGACCGGAUACCGGUACCGGAUACAUCCGUACCGUGUAAUUCUUUUGAACUGUACGCGGCACUCCCUACAUUCGAGAAACCAAAAAAGUUCUAUACAAAAAGAGGAGGCAGCAACCGCAGUGAGGGCCAACUUUCUGAAAAAUACAAUUCACGAGAUGACAUUGGAGUCCCGGUUUUAGGUUUCGUACCCAGUAGCUCCAUUGAACCACGGAAACAGGAGGCCUUCAUACGUAUACGCACCCAAUUAUCCGCUUUGCAUUUAGUCCCAAUUUUGUAUCUUUUUUUUUAUCUGCGUGUAUUUUGAUAUCUGUUCUAAGUUAACCACAAGGUACGUCAUGCUACGCAGCCAUUAUACUACUUCGGCCGUCGCCCAUACAAUCUUUUGUUCCACAUGAUAUCGCCACACUCUUAAAAAUGGACUUCACCACAUAGCAGCCUCCUCACCAACAAUCAUCUCGAGUGACAGCGUUCUUUCCCCUGAUUUGCUGAAAACUGGGUGCGUACGCCAUUUUUGUAGUAUUAUGCAGUUCAUAAUUGCCACAAAAAUGGCGUACACCCCCUUUUUUCAUGAAAUCAAGGAUACGAACGUUGUCGUUCGGGGUGACGGUUGACUAGGAGCGUGCUACGCGGUGAAGCUCUGUUUUUAGAGUGCAUGUAAUCUCCGACAAAAUUGUCGGCUAUGACGACAUCAUUCACUCUUAAGGUUCAUCGCACACUCUUAAAAAUGAACUUCACCGCAUAGCACGUUCCUAACCAACCAUCAUCUCAAAUGAUAU